UUUUUUCUUUUUCUUUUUCCUGGUCUGGGAAAAUCUGCUGUGCAAUUGUUCAGAGAGCUCUCUAAUCCAGCCUUUGAUCUGAGUUGUGCAGUGAAGCCUAAUAGGAUCGUAGUAUUAACCCCGAUGACAAUACCACCAGCUGUCGCAGAGCCCCCUGUUGGUCACCAGCUGAAAUGUGCCUGUGGGGGAAGGGGAAGGAGGGUGGAGGGGUUGACUGACAGAGAAAGAGACAGAAACAGAUUGACAGGGAUCGGGAGAGAGGAUCUGUGUGAUGCUCAAAGUGAAGUAACAGAGGAAGAAGCUCAGAGGAGAAAAACUCCUGAAGUGCUUUAUUUUUGGACGACUACCUCUUCAAUUUUACUUUGAAUCCUCCUCCAUUAGCUAAAUGACUUUUCUUCGCGCGUAAUCUUUGACUUUUUUUUAUUUUUUUCCUUAAAAGCAUACUUUUUCACUUAUCAAUCUCUACAUUUAUUCCCUUUUUUCCCCUCCCACCUGCUGCGGCCACACCCUGAUAUUUUUCCAGUGCUGUGGCAGCUGUUGGCUCUCUGAUUUCUUGAUAUGGCUAAAUAAGAGGUGGAAGGGUGGGGGGCUUGCCGGUGGUUUUCUUUGAGGGUUGAGAAGUUGAAGAGGGAACCAGGAGAAGAGGAGGAGGAUGGCGGUGGCUCUGGAAGAAGUUUGGGGGCGAGUGAAAAAUGUCUGCAAGCAGAACGGACUGCUCAUUCUGUCUGUGCUGGCCGUGGUCAUCGGCUGCCUGUUGGGCUUCUUCCUCAGGGGCAAGCAGCUCUCCGAGCAGGAGGUCAAGUACUUCCAGUUUCCAGGAGAGCUGCUAAUGAGGAUGCUGAAGAUGUUAAUUUUGCCCCUCGUCGUAUCGAGUUUGAUGUCCGGUCUGGCUGCUCUGGAUGCCAAGUGCUCCAGCCGCUUGGGAAUAAUGACCAUUUCAUACUACCUGUGGACCACCUUUGUUGCUGUGGUAGUUGGUAUUCUCAUGGUUUACAUCAUUCACCCGGGUGGAGCUGCACAGAAGGAGGAUUCUGAGGACAGCAAGAAGCCAAUGACCAGCUCUGCUGAUGCUCUGCUGGACCUCAUUCGCAACAUGUUUCCAGCCAACUUGGUCCAAGCUACGUUUCAACAGUAUCGAACCCAGAGAGUCGCAGAACUCAUCCCCAAACCGACAGUCGCUCAGCUCCUGGAUGAGACAACCACGCGGAGGGUCUACAUUUAUGGCAUCCAGGAUGACAAUGGCACCGACACCCAGAACUUCUCCCUGGAUCUAACGCCACCUCCUGACGUCAUCGUGAAAACAUCUCCCGGCACCAGCGAAGGCAUGAAUGUACUGGGGAUCGUUAUAUUCUCUGCAACCAUGGGAAUAAUGCUGGGAAGAAUGGGACCCAACGGAAGUGCUUUGGUCAACUUUUGUCAGAGUUUGAAUGAGGCGGUUUUGAAGAUUGUUGCCAUUGUCAUUUGGUAUUUCCCCUUUGGUAUUGUGUUUCUGGUGGCUGGAAAGAUCUUAGAGAUGGACGACCCUUCGGCCAUGGGGAAGAAGUUGGGCUUUUAUGCCAUCACUGUGGUAAUGGGCUUGGUGCUGCACGGACUGUUCAUCCUCCCGGCCAUGUACUUCUUCAUCACCAAGAAAAGCCCGAUAGUUUACAUAAGAGGCAUUCUACAAGCCCUUCUCAUCUCCUUGGCCACUUCCUCCAGCUCUGCUACUCUGCCUAUCACCUUCAAGUGCCUCCUUGAGAACAACCAUAUCGACAGACGCAUCAUCCGCUUCGUGCUGCCGGUCGGGGCCACUAUCAACAUGGAUGGUACGGCGCUCUAUGAGGCCGUGGCAGCCAUCUUCAUCGCCCAAGUGAACAAUUACGAACUGGACUUUGGGCAAAUCAUCACCAUCAGCAUCACUGCCACGGCCGCCAGCAUCGGUGCAGCUGGAAUCCCACAGGCUGGUCUUGUUACCAUGGUGAUCGUGCUGACCUCUGUGGGUUUGCCCACUGAUGACAUCACUCUCAUCAUUGCUGUCGACUGGGCUUUGGAUCGAUUCAGGACCAUGGUCAAUGUGAUGGGCGACGCUCUUGCCACAGGAAUCAUGGCUCAUAUCUGCAGAAAGGAUUUUGUCAAAGAGGGAGAGCAGGUGCCUCUUAUAUGUGAGACCAAACCCAUGAUAAGCAUCCAGCAGAUGAUGAACUACCAGAACCAGAAGAACGGCUGCUACCAGCCGCCUCCACCGGGCAGCAAGCAGGACCACCUUUCCCCUGACGUGGCUCGCCUGAUCCAGCUGGAGGAGGGGAUUCGACCUGUAGAGAAGAAGAAACACGCUCACGCCUCUCACCACAAGAGAGAACACAGGGACAAGGACCACUGUUCCAUUGACAUGAACGGGCUGGAGACUAAUGUGUAAAAAACGUUUGCUCUGUCAGAGUCUACCGGUACAUCCAUGACUGCAGGACCAGCAGGACAGGACGAAGCAUUAAAGAGCCGAGGUGACCGAGUUCACAUGCUUAUCCCCUCGAGUGAGAGCAGCCAUGAGUAGAUGUAUGCAUGGAGGGAAAAAAGACUUUUUUUUCCUACAUAACCCAAAUGAUGAUCCACAUUUGAUUGUUUGUGUGUGUACAUAUUUAUCAUAUAUAUACAUAUAUUGGGUAGCAGCAGUGGCCAUGUGCUACUCUGAAGGACCUUUUAAAUCAAGAACAGACCCUGUGUGAGGACUGACUGUGAUCAGCAGUCUUGAAGGACUCCAUAUGGAGAACACAACCAACUUAUAUCCAAUGUAAUUUAAAGGCACCUUUUCCUCCGUGGACUGCAGACAAAAAACAAACGGACAUCAACUUAUGUCUCUUUUUAUGCUUUCUGAUCUGGUUUGUAUUUAGCAUAAUAUUGGUUUUCUUUUUCUUUUUUUACAUUUCUCUCUUCUUUUUGUUGACCAUUGUGUUGUUUCUGAUAAAAAGUUCCCCAUUUGGUACAUUUUUCAGCACAAAAAGACACAGCGGAACAAAACAAAACUGUUUUGCUAUAGCUAUUAGCCAAACGCACAGAUGCAUGAGUUAAGUCCAUAUUUUAGAAAUAUGCAAAACAUGCAAAACAUGUGAUAGUCUAGCGCGGUGAAGAGAGGGCUAAGUGUUAAAGUAAAGCUAUUGAUCAACUGGUUGGUCUAUGCUCCUACAGUCACCUAUCGUCACAGGCUUUGAGUGGGGACCAAAAGAAUGAGAUUGUGAAUACAAGUUGUGGAAACGAGCUUCCUCCAGUGAACUUGUUCAUUCAGUAGAGGCUCACAGUAGAGCCAGUGCUCCUCU